AUGAAUACCAUUGCCAAUAAACUGAUUACUAGAUCAUUGACAAGCACACCUCUGUUCAACAGAUGCUUCACACAGACACUUCAAUACAGCAAGAGAUUCUAUGAGUUGGAUGCUGGUGAUCUGAAAAGAGGUAUACUCAUAGAGCACAAGGGUAAACUGUUGGAGACUACAAAGGUCGAGCAUCAAAAGGUGGCAAUGAGAGGUGGUUUCAUCUUGGCCGACUUUAGGAAUGCAAUCGAUGGUACAAAGAUGUCUGUAAAGUUUAGAAGUGCAGAGACAUUGGAGGGAGUAGAGUUGGAGAGAUUGUACUACACGUUUGCUGAGAAGACCAAGGAAGGCUUGGUGUUCAAAGAGUCUGAUGAUGAGGAAGCUGAGCCACUGGUCGUCAAGGAUACAAAGCAAUUGGGUAUCUAUAGUCAUUACAUUGAGUACCUCCCAAAGGACUCCCAAUACAGCUUUCUCAACUACAAUGACAAGGUACUUGACUUUAAGGGACCAACAGAGGUUGUGAUGAAGGUACAGUCAAUCAGUGAUCUGAGCAACAGCAAUGUGUUGCACUUUGCCAAUGGAAGGAAUGUCAAGGCACCAUCUCACAUCACUUCCGGUAUCGACGUCUUGGUCAGACUGCCCGAAGAAGUGUUUGUCAACAGAGCAUAA